CUCCCUUUUGGUGUAGUGACAUGGUGGUAUAACAAGGAGGAUACCGAGUUGGUAGUUCUGUUCCUGGGUGAAACAUCAAAAGCCCACAAGACUGGUGAUUUCACUGACUUUUUUCUGACUGGUGCCAAUGGAAUCUUCACUGGAUUUUCAACUGAGUUUGUGGGGAGGGCUUGGGACUUGGAAGAAAAGGAUGUGAAAGCCCUUGUUGGGAAUCAAUCAGGUAAGGGUAUUGUGAAGGUUGAAGGAAAUAUCCAGCUUCCUGAGCCUCAAGAGGAGCAUAGGAAGGGCAUGGCAUUGAACUGUGAAGAGGCUCCAUUGGAUGUUGACAUCAAGAAUGGUGGAAGGGUUGUGGUGUUGAACACCAAGAACCUUCCCUUGGUUGGUGAGGUUGGUCUGGGAGCAGACCUUGUUAGGUUGGAUGGAAACGCCAUGUGUUCUCCAGGAUUCUCUUGUGAUUCUGCAUAUCAGGUUACAUACAUUGUGAGGGGAAGUGGCCGUGCUCAGGUUGUUGGUGUGGAUGGUCGUAGGGUUUUGGAGACAACUGUGAAAGCUGGAAAUUUGUUCAUUGUACCAAGGUUUUUUGUUGUGUCCAAGAUUGCUGACUCUGAUGGCCUCGAGUGGUUCUCUAUCAUCACUACCCCCAAUCCUGUAUUUACUCACCUGGCUGGAAGUAUUGGGGCAUGGAAGGCUCUUUCACCAUCGGUUCUGCAGGCAGCUUUCAAUGUGGAUGAAGAACUUGAGAAACUCUUUCGUUCAAAGAGGAAUGCGGAUGCCAUUUUCUUCCCUCCUCCAAAUUGAAGUGGCACAAAACUAGCGUUAUGUUAUAUUUAUAUGUUUGAAACUGUUUGAAUUAGUUUUUGCUUUUUAAUGGACUAGCAUUAUGUUAUACAUAUUUUGUUCGAUUUACCUUUACUGAAUAACGUUUUACCUUUCUUUUUUA